AUGCAUUAUACGCCCCAAGCAUGGUGCAUCCUGUCUCCGCAGACCAACCUCCAGCACCGAAGAGUGGACCUUCUUGUAAAGUCCACGAGGUUAAAGUGGAGAUUGGUUUUCAGCGUCGAGCAGACACCCCCUCGUAUCUUCGUUUUCAGGGCUUGUGUUGGGUAUACAUUCUGUCCAAAUGAUAGCAAUACAUGCGGCGCUCGACGGCCGGAAGCAGGGAUUCGGUCCUGGUUACGGGCGACGGACACACCGCCCACCGUAGAUACCCCCAUCGAGCUCAUUGAUGUCUCAAGCGAGGGCAAGACGGACCUGCGAGGCGACGUUGGCUCGAUGGCAUAUCUCCCCAUCGUUACCUCGAGUCGAGGCCCAACCGGAGGAGACGCCGAAAACCCAAAGCGAAAAAGGAAGCGGCGGACGCCUAAGGCCCCUCACACUGUCAAAAGUGGAAGGAUGCCUGAGGCUAAACCAUCCAAGGCCACCGACGCUCUGGACGAAUUGGCUAGAGUGACAAGGUCGACUUCAAGAGAAAGGCUCGUGUUGAUUGAUCGUAGUGGGAGGACGCUGUUUCGUUUGGACUACGAGCCUGGGAACGUGGAUGCGAAGAAGGCGGCGGACCUCCACCAGGAGUCCCUCGGCGAAGUGAAAGCCGACCUCCCCGAGGCUGUUGCCCAUCAGGCCUUCGACCCUCCUUGGGCCGGAGAGGAGCCGCAGCGCCUUCCCUGGAGCCACCGCGCCGAAAAUUUUCCGGUCCCCGUUCACGCUCACGGCCAGCUCGGGCAAAGACAAACGACCUUCCUGUCAACGGCGAGAGCUGCAGAUGGGAAAAAGGGGGGGUGUCGAAGCUACCAGGAGGAAUCGGAGAGCAUCUUGACGAGGGAGAAACUCACCGGCGAGGCAAUACCUUUUCGGGCCAGGGUGUGGCGUUCAACGAGCAGGCUGGCGCGUACGACACCGCUGCCCAGAACUUGA